GUAAAGUGUUGCUGGGCUCAGGAGAGGGAGGGUUCGGGCCGAUGAGUAACCGUGUUGACGUUACAUUUUUCCUGCUUCACAGUUAGCCCUGUGACAUAUUCAUACUCAUUCAUACAGCGGGAGAGUCACCUGCUCUGCCGUUACCGAGCACAGAAGCGUGACUGACCGGCUUCCCCUCAGAGAAAUAAUGGCCUCCCUGGGUAACAUGCUGCCAGAAAAGCAGUUCCAGUGCACCAUCUGUCAGCAGGUGUUCACUGACCCGGUCACCACUCCCUGCGGACACAACUUCUGCCAGGCCUGCAUCCAGAACGUGUGGGACAGCAGUGAGGUCUGCCAGUGCCCGGCCUGUGACAGACCUUUCACCUCCCGGCCUGAAAUAAGCAUCAACGCGGCCUUCAAAGAGCUGGCGGACACUUUUAGGCAGGUUACAGUGUGUUCGGUGGCUUCACCGCUGUGUUUGGCCAAACCGGGCGAGGUGGCGUGUGACGUCUGCGCUACGACCUCCAUGCAGGUGAGGGCCCUGAAGUCCUGCCUGGUGUGCCUGACCUCAUACUGCGAGGCCCACCUGGAGCCCCACCAGAGAGUCGCCACCUUGAAGAUCCACAAGCUGAUCGAGCCGAUGACCAACCUGCAGGACAGGUUGUGCAAGAAGCACGACAGGCUGCUGGAGAUGUUCUGCAGGGACGAGCAGAAGUGCGUGUGCCGGUUCUGCACCGAGACGCAGCACAAAGAUCACCAGACCGUUACGAUAGAGGACGAGAACCGGAAGAGGAAGGUCCAAAUAAAGAAGACCGAGGCGGAUUUCCAGCAGAUGAUUCAGGAACGACUGAAGAAAGUGGAGGAGAUCAAAAGCUGUCUGAAGCUCAGCAACACGAGUGCAGAGAAGGAGACGAAGGAGAGCGACCAUCUCUUUGCCUCUCUGAUUCGCUCCGUCAAGGAGAGACAAACUGAAGUCAACGCGGUGAUCAAGGAGAAGCAGAGAGCCGCAGAGCAGAGGGCAGAGGAGCUCGUCGACGAGCUGCAGCAGGAAAUCAAUGAGCUGCAGAGGAGAAGCGCUGAGCUGGAGGACUUAAGAGACUCCGAGGACAAUCUGAACGUCUUACAGAAGUCUCCCUCUCUCAUGUCACCUCCUCCCACCAGAGAGUGGACGGAGAUCACCGUCAACCCUGAACUCUGUGUGGGGGUGGCGAGGGGGGCCCUGUCCAAACUGGGCGUCACCCUGAAGAAUGAAUUGAAGGGCCAGAAGACGGAAGAGAUGAAGAGGAUUCAGAAAUAUGCAGUUGAUGUGGUUUUAGACCCGGACACUGCCCAUCCAAACAUCGUCCUGUCAGCUGACGGAAAGCAGGCGGGCCGCGGCGAGCUGCUGCACAUCGUGCCCGACAACCCCCAACGCUUCGACCCCGUCAUCUGCGUCCUGGCCAAGAGAGGCUUCCUCUCCGGGAGGUUCUACUUCCAGGUUGCGGUGGGGACAAAGACCUUCUGGGACCUGGGCGUGGUCAAUGAGUCCGUCAACAGGAAGGGGAUGAUCACCUCCAAGCCGGAGAAUGGCUAUUGGACAGUGCGGCUGAGGGCCGGGGAAGAGUACCGCGCUUUGGACUCCCCCUCGGUCCUUCUUUCCCUCAAGGACAAGCCGCAGGUGGUCGGAGUGUUUACGGAUUACGAGGAGGGGACCGUGUCGUUCUUUGACGUGGAGGCCAGGGCUCACAUCUACACCUUCACCGGGUGCUUGUUCCCGGGGAGGAUCUUCCCCUUCUUCAGCCCGGGUGUUUUCGAUGAAGGGAAAAAUACAGCGGCAUUGGUUAUCUCAUAUGUUAAUCAUCUUUAACCUCAUCAUGAGACGUAGACUUGAGGAUGAGCGUUUGACCGCGUUCUGAAGCUGCAAGAAAGAUUUCGUCUUGCAGAACUGAUUCAGUAUUUGAUAAUAAGUCUCGUCUUCUCUGUAUCUGGGUUUCUACCGAGCAUACACCAGCAGGUCUCAAAGGUAUAAAUCAAUCCCGUCCAAUACAUUGAUACUGGGCCGUACCUUGUACCCCCUCAGCCCCCCUGAGACCUUUGAACAAUUCAUAAUAAUACAACAACAAAAAACAGUAUGACAUAUUAGCAUAACAUGUAUUUAACAUUACAUUACAUUGACAUUAGAUAGACAAUGUCACAUUUCUGACUACAGCUUUAACCGUACUGAUCAAAAAUGUUAUGAGAACAAUGUCGACCAGCAUGUUUCAAUCUGUGUUUCUGUGGUGAUUUGUUUACAAAAUAAAGAAACUAGUUUUACCCCGCACCCAGAAACCUUCUCUGUUUUGCAAAAACCUUUGCAUCAGUUCAGACCGACCGGCCAUGUUUCCAUGUGCUUUGCAUUCUUAGAGGAGAUACGGCAAGCCAUGCAGGGAGGAUAAGGAGGGACGCAUUCAGUAAGACACUUUAGUAAGCAGUGCACUACUCUACUCUGCUCUACUAUGACUAAGCCAGUGUCUGUGCACGAUGUGAUCUCAUCCCUACUCAUCAUAUUUUAAUAACUCGGUGCUGACAAUACCUGGUGCUGAGGCAUGGACUGGCCUCAUCAACAAGGCCCGGCCCACUGACUCUGACUCUUUUCCCUCCCCCAAUAGAUGUUGUAAAACUGUUCAGCUCUUUCAUUCAAAAAAGAUACAUUGAACUUAUUUUUAUAGUGUUUUUUUAAUAUCUUAUCUUUUAUAUCCGUUGUUAAAAUGCUAAUAUUGAUUAGUGCAGCAUUUGUCUGUGUCUGCUGAUGCAUGUUGUUUGACAGCAGGGCGCUUAUAUAUAAAACUCUACUUUCCUCAGAAUCAAAGAGAGCUGGCUGACAGAAAAAAAAAUGUGGAUUUUUGCAUCAUUGUGUGAAUUAGCAGU